CAGCAGAAACUCGUGCCGGGGACUUUCCGUGAAAUUUCGCGCGAGACCCACAGCCACUGCGCAUGCAGUCGGGACAGGUGCUGGCUGGCAGAAUUCAUCUUCCGAGGAGAAAAGGCUCUCCCAGUUUCACAAACCUACUCACUCACUCACUCACUCAGUCAGCGAUACGAGGAGACACUAGGAGUGCGGACAGCGAUGUUUGUGUGAGUCGGACACUGAUAUUCACUCUCGCGCUAUAGAAGGAGUAGUAAUGGCGUGGGGUAAACUUGCUCUGUUGCUGGUGCUGUUGCUUUGUUCUGUCGUUGCAUCAGCACCCAAAAAGGGGAAGAAGGCCAAACAGGUCAUCUGUCCUUCGCAGCUGUCAGCCGAGGACUUGGACCGAGUCCCCGCCAAUUCAACUAGCAAUAUCCUUAACAGACUUCUGGUCACAUAUGACUCCCGCAUAAGGCCCAAUUUUAAAGGAAUACCUGUAGAGGAUAAAGUGAACAUUUUCAUCAACAGUUUUGGAUCAAUUCAGGAAACCACAAUGGACUACCGAGUGAACAUCUUCCUGAGGCAGCGCUGGAAUGACCCUCGGCUGCGUCUCCCUGCUGACUUCAAGUCCGACGCCCUGACAGUGGACCCAAAGAUGUUCCAGUGCCUCUGGAAGCCCGACCUGUUCUUCGCCAACGAGAAGAAUGCCAACUUCCACGAAGUGACGCAGGACAACAUUUUACUUUUCAUCUUCCGCAAUGGAGAUGUACUCAUCAGCAUGAGGUUGUCUAUCACUCUGUCCUGUCCGCUGGCCCUGCAGCUGUUCCCCAUGGAUACCCAGCUCUGCAAGAUCCAGCUGGAGAGCUUUGGAUACACCACAAAGGACCUGGUAUUCAUGUGGCAGUCUGGAGACCCAGUGCAGAUGGAUGAGAUUGCCCUGCCUCAGUUUGAUGUCAAACAGGAGGACAUUAAGUAUGGCAACUGCACCAAGUUCUACCCUGGGACAGGUUACUACACGUGCGUGGAGGUGAUCUUCACGCUGCGGCGGCAGGUGGGCUUCUACAUGAUGGGUGUGUACGCGCCCACGCUGCUCAUCGUGGUGCUGUCCUGGCUCGCCUUCUGGAUCAACCCCGACGCCAGCGCCGCCCGCAUCCCCUUAGGUAUUCUCUCUGUUCUGUCCCUCUCCUCUGAGUGUACGUCUCUAGCCUCAGACCUGCCCAAGGUGUCCUACGUGAAGGCUAUUGACAUCUGGAUGCUGACCUGCCUGUUCUACGGCUUUGCCUCUCUGGUGGAGUACGCUGUUGUCCAGGUGAUGCUGAACAGCCCAAAGCGGAUAGAGGAGGAGAAGGCGCGCAUGGCCCAGAAGGAGAAGGAGAAGGAGGAGAAGGAGGCCAAGAACAAGACUCCCUCCAAAACCACCCCCAACACCAUCAAUGGCACAGGGGGCACCCCCAUACAUGUCAGCACACUGCAGGUCGUGGAGACCCGCUGUAAGAAAGUAUGCACCUCCAAGUCGGACCUGCGCUCCAAUGACUUCAGUAUUGUCGGCUCACUGCCUCGGGAUUUCGAGCUGUCCAACUUUGACUGCUAUGGCAAGCCCAUCGAGGUCAACAAUGGUCUGGGCAACAAGAAGAACAAGAACAACAAGAAGCCUGCACCUGCCAAACCCAUCAUCCCCUCCGCAGCCAAGCGCGUCGACCUGUACGCCCGCGCCCUCUUCCCCGGCACCUUCCUCUUCUUCAAUGUCAUCUACUGGUCCGUGUACCUGUGACCAUCGUAGAGCACCCCAGGGUGGAAUACAGAGAAACACAGGAACACAAGUCACCAUACAUACUCCUUCAGUCUGUGAAAGUGUGUGUCUUUAAUGUGUGUGUGUGUGUGUAUGUGUGAGAGAGAGAGAGAGAGAGAGAGAGAGUGUGUGUGUGUGUGUAAAAGGAUUUGGUCUCACCUCAGCACAACGCGUAGGCAACAAGAAAUAUUGGUUCUGAUAACUUGGUUUGGUUUGCACUCUAACCUGGAUAAGGAAAGCGACUCUUGGCAGCGUUUCCUUCCUGGAGGUUUGUGUGAGUGCCGUGGCCGAGCUCAGCGUGUGGGGGAGUGCUGCGUAGCUGCAGCGGUGCUGAGGGGGACUCUGCCUGGAGGAUUACCCACGCCGGAGGAGGCCACUCCUGCAGGCACUGCCCAAGUGGAGGGGCUCAGCACAGCGGAGGCUGGGCAGAGGAAAAGCCACGGGCACAUUGCGUGGUGUAUGUGUGGGGCUGCUCACAACACACUCCUGUCAUCUCUCAAGGUGUUUCUCUGUAGUCCAGACUUGGGGUAGGGUUUUUUUUUAUGGGGGAAGCGGGCAUCCUCAGCUCUGUCCUUCUGUUUCUAUUGUUUUGCACCAAAGCUCUCUUCCCCGUGUUCAAGUCUUCCACUAUACAAGUUGAAUUUUAACAGCUUAAGAGCUGAAGGUGUGUGUGCGUGUGUGUGUGUGUGUGUGUGUGUGUGUGUGUGUCUGUGAGUGAUUACAAUUUGCAUCUGAACUGCUUCAAAGCAAAAUAACCCACAACGGGAUUGCUGUCUGUGUGCGUGUGUGUGCGCCUGCGUGCGUGUGUGUGUGUGGUUUGUGCGUGUGUGUGUUUAAAUACCUUGCACGCUGAAGUAAAGACAUUAAUCCAUUUACUAAUAUAUGCAGACCUUUCUAUAUUUAAAUAGCUCCAGGCUGGGGUUUUAGCAGUGAGAGUGGAGGGACAGGAAGAGCACUGGGUACUGUGCGUAUGUGCACGUGCAUGUAUGUACUGUAUGUGUAUGUGCCAGGCUGCUGGUGGACAAUUUCUCAGGGCACAGGAUGCUUUAAAGGACUGAUAGACUGGAAUUACUGUAAAUAACAUGCAUUAUAGGAAUGCCUUGUGUGUACACACACAUCAUGAAUAAAAUAAACAUAUAAACAUA